AUAAUACUAUAUUGCCAUAAAUAUAUACCUGAUAUUAAUAUAAUAAAUAGGUCGGAGUUUUCACAUUUUUUCCAGUGUUUUUAUUUAUUAGAAAACUAUGAAUCCUUGUGUAGUUCCAACAAUUCCAUUUGACGGCGACAAGGAAUGGAAAAUUCAACACAAACGAUAUGUGGCCGAAGCCAAAGCCCAAGACCCAGAUGUUAUAUUAAUUGGUGCUUCUAUUAUUCAAUUAAUUCAAUGUUAUCCAAUAUGGAAUGAUAAAUUUGUACCAUUAAAAAGUCUAAAUUUUGGAAUUUGUGGUGAUCGAACUCAAGAUGUGUUAUGGAGAGUAAAAAAUGGCAUUCUUGAUCACAUAAAACCGAAAGUUUGUAUUCUUAAUGUUGGAUCAAACAAUGUUGAUAAUACUCCUGCUCAAAUUGCAGAUGGUAUAUUGGCUAUUGUUGGUGAAAUUAGAUCAAAACUUCCUGAUUGCUACAUUAUAAUCAUAGGAAUAUUACCACGCGGUCCUUAUCCAAAUCCAUUGAGAAUUUUGGGAACUCAAGUAAAUGAAAUUGUCAGUGAAAAAGUGAAAAGCAUUUUCAAAGUUGAAUUAUUCAAUGCUCAUUUGCUACAACCAGAUGGUACAUUAAGUCAAGAGGAUGCGCCAGAUUUUCUUCAUCCGUCUGAAAUAGGUUAUCGUAAAAUAUUCAAUCCAAUUUUUGAGCGUCUUAAAAAAAUUCUAGAUGACUGAGUAAAAAUAUUUAACAAAUAAUUUUAUAUUUUUGUUUAAGAUUUUAAAAAUUACUUAAAAUAAAAUUUUCU